AUGUCUACUUUAAAGGAGAUAUGCAGCGGUUUGCCCCUGGACCCUUUGCCAUCUAACCGGGGAAGAGAUCCAAAUGUACCACAUGCACCUAUUCGCACUCCCAACCUCACAGCAGAAGAGGAGCGGGUGGCUCUGAGAAAUGCCCUGCGUUAUUUCCCCCCCUCCCACCAUGCAAUGCUUGCAGCUGAAUUUGCUCAAGAGCUGCGGCAGUAUGGGCACAUAUACAUGUACCGCUUCUGCCCCACAUUACGCAUGAGAGCUUACCCCAUCGAUCAGUACCCAUGCCGCACACGUCAAGCAGCUGCUAUGAUGCUGAUGAUCAUGAACAACCUGGAUCCAGCAGUCGCUCAGUUUCCCCAAGAGCUUGUCACCUAUGGAGGGAACGGACAGGUGUUCAGUAACUGGGCCCAGUUCCACCUUGUGAUGCAUUACCUGAGCGAGAUGACAGAAGAACAAACUCUGGUCAUGUACAGUGGUCAUCCCAUGGGCCUUUUCCCCAGUCUGCCUUCCUCACCUCGCGCCAUCAUAACCAAUGGCAUGGUUAUUCCAAAUUACUCCUCCAGAGAUCAGUAUGAGAAGAUGUUUGCACUGGGUGUGUCCAUGUACGGUCAAAUGACAGCAGGCAGCUACUGUUAUAUAGGGCCUCAAGGGAUUGUCCAUGGCACUAUGCUGACAGUGUUGAAUGCUGGCCGGAGGUACCUGGGCUCUGAUGACCUGAGGGGGCGUGUGUUUGUGACCUCUGGCUUGGGGGGCAUGAGUGGAGCUCAGGCAAAAGCUGCCGUCAUUGCCGGCUGUGUUGGUGUGAUUGCAGAGGUGGAUGAGUCUCCACUGAGAAAGAGACAUGAGCAGGGUUGGCUAAUGGAGGUCACUAGCAGCUUGGAUCAGUGCAUUAAACGCAUAAGAGAGGCCAAGAGUGCCAAGACUCCCCUCAGUCUGGGAUAUCAUGGCAAUAUUGUAGACUUGUGGGAAAGAAUCCUGCUAGAGUUUGAGAGGACAGGCGAGCUCAUGGUAGAUCUGGGUUCAGACCAGACCUCACUUCACAACCCAUUCAACGGAGGCUACUAUCCAGUGCAGCUCAGCUUCCGUCAGGCCAACCAGCUCAUGUCCACGGAUCCCGACCGUUUCCGCAGCAUUGUCCAAGAAAGUCUCCGAAGACAAAUAAAGGCUAUCAACAAGCUUGCUGAUGCAGGCAUGUUCUUCUGGGACUAUGGUAAUGCUUUCCUACUGGAGGCCCAAAGAGCUGGUGCAGAGGUUCAAAAAGUUGGGGGAGGAGCCACAGAGUUCCGUUAUCCUUCUUAUGUGCAAAACAUUAUGGGGGACAUUUUCUCAUUGGGCUUUGGGCCAUUUCGCUGGGUGUGCACAUCUGGCGACCCCCGAGAUCUCGCUGUAACCGAUGACAUUGCUGCCACUGUCCUGGAGGAAAUGAGUACCACCGUACCCGAUCGUGUCAAACAGCAGUACAGUGACAACAUUCGCUGGAUCAGAGAGGCUGGAAAACACAAAAUGGUUGUAGGAUCACAAGCCAGAAUCCUCUACUCUGACCAGAAAGGAAGAAUCUGCAUUGCGUUGGCUAUCAACCAGGCUAUUUCUGAUGGAAAAGUUUCAGCACCAGUGGUUAUUAGCAGAGACCAUCAUGACGUUAGCGGCACAGACAGCCCCUUCAGAGAGACUUCCAAUGUGUAUGAUGGCUCUGCCUUCUGUGCAGACAUGGCAGUCCAGAACUUUGUUGGUGAUGCAUUCAGAGGUGCUACGUGGGUAGCCCUGCACAAUGGAGGUGGUGUUGGCUGGGGCGAGGUCAUUAAUGGAGGAUUUGGUUUGGUGCUGGACGGAUCAGAGGAGGCAUCAAAGCGUGCCCGUCUGAUGCUCAGCUGGGAUGUCUCCAAUGGGGUGGCUCGUCGCUGCUGGUCUGGAAAUUCAAAUGCCUAUGAGACCAUCCAGCGCACCAUGGAGGAGAACAGGCAGCUACAUGUCACCAUGCCCUAUCCUGUGCAGGAUGAGCAUGUGCUGGAUCGUGCCCUGCAGGGCUGAGCAGCAGGGUGUAACCAGCUGCUUAGCCUCACACCUUAACCCUCUGUUCAAAUUGUACGCUACAGACUACUGGCAUUCAAACCACAAAGACAUCUCAAUACACAGAAAGCCUGCAAAAUGUUUGUCAGUAUUGCAGUAGGUAAUAAAUCUGUUCCAAAAAUUAUGGCAACAUGAGAACGA